CGGGCCAUGGCGAGCGGGCCGCGGGGCGCCUGGAGCGAGUGGCCCGUGGAUCACUUCCUGCGCACCGGGCGCAUCGCGGCCAGGGACGGGGCCGCCGUGCGCUGGUUCCACGCCGCCAACAGCCGGGCCCGGGCCGCGGAGGCCGCGCGAAGCGAUGUGCACAUGGUGGAGGUGGAUGUUGUGCUCCGGGGAGGGGACGGGGAGCCCAUCCUGGCCCACCCCCCGGACACUGACAGCGACAUCACCCUGCAGGAGUGGCUGGCACAGAUGGGCAGCACCAACAAAGGCAUCAAACUCGACUUUAAGAGCCUGGCCGCCGUGGGACCCUCUCUGGAGCUGCUGGGGCAGCUGGGGCAGUGCCUGGACAGACCCGUGUGGCUGAACGGGGACAUCCUGCCCGGGCCCCGCGGGAGCUGCGCGCCGCUGGACGCCCGCGCCUUCCUGGGCGCUGUCACCUCCUCCUGCCCCGAUGCCACCCUGUCCCUGGGCUGGACCACGGGCUGCCACCGAGAGCAAGGCUACGAGUGGCCGGCGGUGCAGGAGAUGUGGCGGCUGUGCCGCGCGCUGUGCCAGCCGGUGACCUUCGCCGUCAGGGCUGCGCUGGUGCCCGGCUCCGUCCCGCAGCUGCAGUGGCUGCUGCAGCAGUGCCACAGGUUCAGCCUCACUGUUUGGACAGGAAAGGAGGAUGUGUAUUCUGUAGAAGACUUGCUUCUCAUCCGAGAAAAUUUUGAUAAAAGUAGGGUUUAUUAUGACAUUUUUGAGCCACAAAAUUCUGAAUUCAAAAAAGCCAUUGGAAUGGAACAGUAGAGGCAAAGCAGGCAGUGGCUGCCCCUAUAGUGCUUUACAUUGUAAACCCCUUUAAAUUGAGAUGUUUUUAUUGAAAGAAAGGCAGUGUCCUUGCAGAAGGGCCGUGUGGAGCACGCCUGUGGUUGUUGGAGGAGUUUUUGGCUGGCCCUGUGUAGAAAGGCCCCUCAGACAGAAAUGCAGUGCCUUCCCCAUUGUCCCUGCUCGUGGCGUGGUAGGCUGGUGCCACACUGCAGGAGGGGAGGGUGGCACUGCCAGCUGCUCUGCCCCUGCUCACCGUGCCUGUGGUCCCCACCCAUGGCCUGGCAGUGCCAGAGCAGUGCCAUGGCCAGCGAGCAGCCCUGGCUGCUGCUCUCAGCUGGGCUGGCUGUGGCAGCAGUGACAGCUCUGUCCCCAGCAGGGCUGUCCCCCUCUGGGCUGUCCCCAGGGCUGCAGGGACAUUCCCCGUGGCUCUCAGGCUCUCAGCCCUUGCUGGGCCCCUGCAGCUCUCAGAAUUCUGUGCAGUGGAAAUUUCCCAGAUCAGAGCUAAACCCCUGCUCACCACCUGCGGGAAGAGCCUGACCUGGUACAUUUAAACCAUUUAUUGCCCCUUUUGCUGCUGCAAUUCCCCAAAAUUCACACGGACUGAGACACGGCCCUGUGUCAUUGGCUUCUGCCAAGCACCACAAACGAUACCAGAAAAACCAAAGGUUCCUUCCACAACCACACAGGACAUUUUAGCUUCUGAAUAACAGCUAAUGCCCUGAGAAGCAUUACCUUGUCACCUUCUUGUCCACCUUUUCCUGUUCCUCUCACAUGGUUCCUGUGGGACUUUCAUUAACUCAUCUGUUAACCUAACAGAUGCUGUACACUACAUUUUACAGGCUGUUAGUACUAAAGUAAAUUACAGUAAUUUUUGGCUCUUACAUGGCAGUGGUACAGCUGUGAUAGAAAAGGUUUUCUUAACCCUAAAUCUUAAAUUAUCGUGAUCUUACAUUAAAAUUCAAGACUCCUUUUGUUACCUACCAGUCCUUUGCAAGAUUUAUCUAAUAGUUGUUUUCUCUUAUUGAGGGGUAGAGCUUUCUUCAUUUUGGUAAUUUACUAAGCUGUGCUUGGCUAAAAUUAGGAACAAAAUUUUCCACAUAAGAAAGAAAACGAGCAGAGUAUACUUGGGAUAGAUAAACAGAGUACUGGAUUGAUUUAGUCACUCCUAAAGUGAGUGGCAGUAACCACCAAAGGGUGGUUGGCUGUGUGAUUUCUGCUGUGAGUUUGGAGAAGUGAUUAAAUCCUCAGUUGUGGCUUGUUGCAGGCAGUUGCAUUCAUUGAUUUGCAGGAUUUCAUCUCUCAGUGGUUGGCCUCUUUGGGACCACAGGCACACAUUUUUCUGCUGUUUAGAAAUCUUCCCACUGACCAGUUCCCACCUGAAGUGCUGGGAUUUCUUAAGACUCAUUAAACUAUUAAGUAAAAAAUAUCAGCAACUGCCAGAAGUAUUUUUAAGGAAGAGGUAUAUCUGAGCAAUAUCUGUGGAUGUUAGGAAAUAGGAUAAUCAGAUAAGAUUAAAGAAGAGAUCAUCUGGAUUACCAGGAAAUGGCUAUGUGCUGAAUAUGAUCAUUCUGUAUGGAUUAUUCUAUAUACCUGAAUUUCUGUAAGCAAUUUUACCUGUGUAUCUUUGCUAGUCCCCUGUGGUUGUUUAUGUCAGUUUAGUCUACCUUGCACAUAAAUAAAUUAAUUUGAUUUUGUU